AUGCCUUCACUUAGCGCCUCUGCUGCAAGGGUCGUAAAUAGGAAUCCCCUAACCCCUAAGAUCGCAUCAAAGACAGGAACCCAGUCUCCCGCUUUAUCUGCCGCAGCAACCCCAGCGGGUCGGCGUCAACAUACUCCCAGUGCGAUCAAUACCAGCCGAGAAGCACCAUCCAAUCGUUCAAGUUACUUCGACGACUCAUCCUUCCCAUCUCACCUUAGCACCAACGUUACUCCUCGCUCUGGUUCGAGACAAACUCGUGUCGAAAGUGCUGGUAACACGCCGAAUGGUACACCCAAUCCAGAAAGGUCAGAUGUCUGGGAUCACAGGUCCAGCUUCGGCCUACCGAGCCCGAGGGUAGAGGGGGAUGCUAUGAGAAGGUCAGGGGCCUCUUUUGGCUCCGUAUCCCCAGACACGACCGGUUAUGGGAAGCAAGAAGUUGCCCGUAAUUUAGAAUCUAAGUUCUUUCACGCGAGCGAUGUCAAACCUCCUCGCCCGGCAUCUUCUUCCAAACCGGUCCAAGCGAAAGGCCCGACUUUUUUCUAUGCCAAUGGAAAUACGAUAGAGAACAAGCCCUCUCAUCCGGUGCCCUUUGCGCCAGUCCUCGGUCACUCCCAGGAUAGUCUUUCCAGCAAAUUUAUGUAUGCCAAUGGGGCUCCGGAAGCGCGGUCUAGUCCCACGCCUCCUGUAUCCCGUAGUUCUGGUUCGACGGUGUCAACGGCUCCUAGACCACCCUCCAGCCGCCCGGCAACAAACCCCCCGGCUAGUAACCAUACUCACGCGCAGAGGCCUGCUUCCCCGGCCAAGUUCCCGUCCCAGGGCUCGCAAGCUUCGUCUAAGACAGCCAAUAUUCCAUCGUCAGGACGUCCACAGGCAUUAUCUGCUCCUCAGCUAGCACCAUCCCCCGGACUCCGCCGGUCCAGUACUGGUACAUCAAGACCCGGCGGCCAUUCUCGUGCGGGAAGCUUAGUAAAGUUAGACCAUGGUUCCAGUACCCCGAAGCCAAUGAGCUCUCGUAUAUCACCCGAAACCUCUCCUCCUAUAACCGUACCUCCUACACCGGCCCCUUUGACGCUCGCUUCCAUAAUUCAAGCAGCUGAAGAGUUUGCCGAGAACGAAGAGUGCGCAUCCCCAGAAGAAGCUCCAUCAGGCCUGCAAAGUCCCACCAAUCCAGCCAAUCCGACAGAACCGGUGAACGAGUCCGUAGCAAACGCCAGGCGUGAACGUAAAGUUCAAGAUCUACAGAUUACGAACGCAUCUCUCGAGGCCAUUAACCGAACUCUUGAGCGUCGGUUACGGAAGCAGACUUCGGAGUUACGAAGGUAUCAACGCCUUUCCCGCGCAGGUCGACUUUCCACUGCAUCCACCGCAGUUCCUAGUCAGAUAUCAUUGGAAGAUACCUCAGAGCAGGAGAUAGGGGUAAUAGACCUUUCCGACCUUGACGAGAAGUCUGGAGCGGAAGAGGAGGAGGAGGAAGAGAAAGAUAUAGAAGAGGAGUUGUCCGACAGUGAUUCAAUGAACGAAUCUCUUGACCCAAGUAUCGUCGCAGAACGGGACGCAAAGCACCGAAAACGAGAUGAGGAACGGCUGCAGCUCGACUUAUCAAAGCAUCAACAAUUGCUUGUUGAUUCUCAGAAGAUCAACCAAAGCAUUAGAAGAUGUCUUGACUGGACUGAGGUACUCAUCAAUGAAGGGAAGAAGGCACUCGAGUAUCGCGUUCCUAUCACCGGCGUGGAGCUAGGUGGACGAGUAUUAGCUCCAGACGAAGAGGAGGAUCGACCUUCAACCGCAAACAGUAUAUCUGAUAAUACGAUUGAAUUCGAUGAAAAAUUUCUAGACGGCCCUAUCAGUUUGGCAAGCUGGGGCGGUUCGGAACGACAGGAUAGGGAUAGCGGAAUAGAACUCCAAGUUGACGGAGGAUAA